GCGUAUUAUGUGCAAGACCAUAACGUGGCCAGCUAUAGAAAUUAAAUUUCGCCCAUUAAAUUCAUUCCUCUCAUUCCAAUUCUACAAAUUGCUUUGCUUGAUGACAUUCUUUUGAAGCUUCAACACUCUCUGCCAUUGAAGCAAUGCGAUCGUCCUUAUUCUUGCCUCGGGGCUUCCCCGCACACCCCCGCGUGCUCCAUCGACGACCCCAGUUCUGCCAGUCGCAGCCCCAAAUUUCCCUACCCACCAGACUCAGAACUGCCCGUUUGCACAGCUCCAAUGCCAGUAGCAAUGGCAAUCAAAGUCAGGGUGAAUCUACAGGAACAGGGCCAUCUGCUAGUGCUUCCUCGCCUUUCUGGACUUCUGGCAAAGUCCUUUUUGCCUCUGCUUUUGCUGGUGGAUUAGGCUACGGCUAUGCUGCCUCCACCCAGUCGUCGCAGUCACAAAGCUCUAAGCAGCCUCAAUAUGGCUCUGCAAAGGAUUUUGAUAAGGCUAUUGCCGAAUUAAGGACUAAGCUGGGCGACGAUACAAUAAGCACAGAUGAGGAUGAGCUUCACCUACACGGGUUCUCGGAAUGGUCGAGUAUAAAUGCAGAUCGGUUGCCAGUUGCCAUUGCCUAUCCCAAAAACACAGACGAGGUCUCGGAAAUCGCAAAAAUAUGCCACAAAUAUAGAAUGCCAAUGAUUCCUUUCUCCGGAGGGUCCAGUCUCGAAGCCAAUUUUUCAGCUCCUCAUGGCGGAUUGACAAUAGACUUUGCUUUCAUGAACGAAAUUUUGGACCUGCAUCCAGAGGAUAUGGAUGUUGUGGUUCAGCCAUCUAUUCAAUGGAUGGAUUUGAACGAGAAAAUCAAGGACAGUGGCCUCUUUUUCCCUGUUGACCCCGGCCCAUCUGCAAUGAUUGGUGGUAUGGUUGGUACAAACUGCAGUGGGACAAACGCCGUGCGGUAUGGAGCCAUGAAGGACUGGGUCAUUAACCUUACCGUUGUCCUGGCAGAUGGUCGCGUCAUAAAAACACGAAGACGUCCUCGUAAGACGUCGGCUGGAUACAAUUUAACCGGCAUGUUUGUUGGCUCCGAGGGUACACUUGGUAUUGUCACCGAAAUUACUCUCAAGUUGGCUGCGAUUCCGGAAGAGACCCGUGUCGGAGUCGUUCCUUUCUCAUCAAUGCGUGACGCUGCAUCAGCUGCCAUGAAGCUUAUUCGUAAGGGCAUCCCUGUACAGUGCAUGGAAAUCUUGGACGAUGUGCAGAUGGAUGUCAUCAACCGUGCUGGUGGUACUGGCCGUUCCUGGAAGGUCUUGCCAACGCUUUUCUUCAAAUUUUCCGGUACAAAAGCUGGUGUUGCCGACAGCAUCAACCUGACCAGGCAACUAGCCAAGGAAAACAAUGCAGAAUCAUUUGAGUUUGCCAAAGAUGAGCGAGAAGCACACGACUUAUGGUCUGCACGAAAACAAGCUUUAUGGAGUAUGAUGGCAUUGCGACAAGGAGGAUCCGAAGUAUGGUCAACAGACGUCGCUGUUCCAAUCUCCAAACUGCCCGAUAUUAUUGAAAUUUCCAAGAAAGAACUUGAUAGUCUUGGAUUGUUCGCUAGUAUCCUAGGGCAUAUCGGUGAUGGCAACUUCCACGCGAGUAUCAUGUACGAUCGGAAUAACCCAUCAGAAAAAGAAAGCGUAGAAAAGGUUGUAUAUGACAUGGUGGAUCGUGCUCUUGAGAUGGAAGGCUCCUGCACUGGCGAGCAUGGUGUUGGCCUAGGCAAAAAGGGAUCUCUGAGCAAAGAGCUUGGGCCAGGUACCAUCGAUGUGAUGCGCAGCGUUAAAAAGGCGCUUGACCCACAUUGGUUGCUAAAUCCUGGUAAAAUCUUCGACGCUGAAAAGGAAGAAUAGUCAUUGAAAUUGAUCACAACGAGGGGUACGGCAUAUGUGAUCCACCUCCAUAUCACGAUCUAUUGAUGCACUGAUGAUUUGUGGUCUUCCAUGCAUCCUGGGCCUUUGCUGCUUUAAUAUUGACUAUAUAUAUAUAUCUUCGUGACAUGGAAAGGGCUGCUAUCCACCUUGUUUAGGAUCUCCGCUACGUGCUAUUUUGUACCUUAAUAUCAAUAGUAGAUAUAUUGGCAAAGUUCUAGACAAUAAACUUGAUCUAACAGACCUGGCA